AUGCCUAUCAUUACUUUAGAAGUUUUAUCAAAUUCUUCACGAGGUGAAUUUGCUCCAGAGGAUAUAGUAGAAGUUGAACAAAGUACGCUAGAUUCUAUAGAGAAAACGGGAGUACAUUUUUUGACUGAAAAAUUACAAGAAAAUGAGAACAAUGAUAGUAAAGAUCAAGAAACCCCCAAAGAUAUUCCAAAAGCACGACAUGAUUUCUUAGAAUAUAUGACGAGAAGUGACGGCAGUGUAAUUUGUAAGCUCUGUGGGGAAAUUCUGCAGAGUCGAACUCACUGGUAUAGGCAUAAAUAUAAAUUACAUGUGAUACAGCCGUUAAAUCCAGCGCCAUUGUUUCAAUGCGAACAGUGCUUAGUAUAUUUUAAAAGUAGAAAAGGAUACAUUGGUCACAUAGCAAGCAGGCACAGUGAAGUCUUGAGUGACUCUAGCCCCGUCCUAACAAAUUCACAGGCUGAGGCACUUUCGAAACAAACAAAUAUCGUAGAAACUGAAGCUAAGGAGGAAGUAGAUCCAGAAAUGGCUAUACCAAAAUCAAGUGUGCCAAACUAUCAAAAUAAUGGCAAACAGUCGAAAAACUUAUCAAUAAACACUACGGAUUUAAAAAAGGCCUGUAAGGGCACUAAAGGCGAUUUUAAUAAUAAGCCUGAGAUCGAUUGGGAAGAAAAACGAUCGAAGGAGGAGAAGUUGGUUGCGGAUAUAAUAGAUCGAGUAAGAAGAGAAUGCGAGGCUCAAGGGUCAGGUGGACCCGCCCGCAGAGGCUACACCCGCAGAACAACCGUUAUGCAUACA